UGUUAUCGAUUCGUGGGUUUUAUCAACGAAGGAACAGGCGGUGACUUGUGCGGACUUGGGUAGUCAAGUACUGUAUCCUGCAGUUUGGAACCCCGAGCUGAACUUGCCAAGUCCGAACCUCCAAGAAUUGGAGUCCGUGCUUGACGUACUCCGUAUCAAGAAACGCCCAGUGUGUCGUUGUCCAGAAGAGGGCGCUCAGGAUCACUGACGUGGCGCAGACUCAGCGUCGCUUUUAUGAUGUCACGCCGUUAUGUCCAGUUGAAAAGCCUUAACUUGUCACCAUCGUAUCAGUCAAUAACUUUGUAGUCUCCAACGUAAUCUUUUUUAGGGAACACAUGGUGAGUCAGGUGAAUGUUUAGAAGUCAGUGGAACGCCCAGUGAUGCUACCGACGUAAUGGUAAAAGGUAGCUAACGCUGAACAUUUCAGUCACCAGACUGAAUUAGCUGGAAGCCAGGAGCGCCAGUAUUAGCACCCUCACUGGAUAGCAAGUUUGUGAGCAAUGGCUACUCGACUUGGCGGCCUCUUUGAUAAUAGCCGAAUUGUGGCUGGAUUGUUGAUCAAUUUAUUUUCGUCAAUAUGCAUCGUUUUCAUCAACAAAUGGAUAUAUGUCCACUAUGGGUUUCCAAACAUGACUUUGACACUCAUUCAUUUUCUGGUUACGGGGCUUGGACUCUUCGUGUGUCAGAAAAUGGAUAUUUUUUCCCCAAAGAGUAUUCGACCCACCAAAAUCAUUCUCUUGGCACUAAGCUUCUGCGGUUUUGUUGCUUUCACCAACCUUUCCCUCCAAAAUAAUACUAUAGGCACUUACCAACUUGCUAAGGCAAUGACAACACCGGUUAUCAUUGUUAUUCAAACGUUCUACUACAACAAAACCUUUUCCACGAAGAUUAAACUGACUUUGGUACCCAUCACCCUUGGUGUCAUAUUAAACUCUUACUAUGAUGUACGGUUUAAUCUGCUAGGUAUGGUUUUUGCCACGCUGGGAGUUCUUGUCACAUCACUAUACCAGGUGUGGGUGGGUGCAAAGCAGCAUGAGUUACAAGUGAACUCCAUGCAGCUGCUUUAUUACCAGGCCCCCAUGUCCUCUGCCUUCCUGCUCACACUGGUGCCCUUCUUUGAGCCCCUUACUGGGGAGGGGGGAAUUUUUGGCCCCUGGUCAAUCAAGGCUUUGGUCAUGGUGCUGCUGUCCGGGGUCAUUGCAUUCUUGGUGAACUUGUCCAUAUACUGGAUAAUUGGAAACACUUCCCCAGUCACCUACAACAUGUUUGGACAUUUUAAAUUCUGUGUCACACUCCUGGGCGGUUAUGUGCUUUUCCAGGACCCUCUGUCACUGAACCAGGGCCUUGGUAUCCUCUGCACCCUCUCAGGCAUUUUGGCAUACACUCACUUUAAGCUGGCUGAACAGGAGGAGGGCAAGAGCCGGCUUGCUCAAAGACCAUGAGCUCCUUGAUGUGCCAAUCACUGAGCCAGCCACUCUCAGUGGUCAGUCACUAAAUCUGUCAUUUCUUAAUACUGACAGUGGAAAUGCCAUUUAAGACAACCAUUUGAUGGUUCCUGGAAGGAAUCCAAUAAACUGACCAAACACUGGGAUAGAGAAGGUUCUGUGGCCUAAAACAGUUAGUUUAGAUUUUGGAGGAAGAGGACUUCUAUAUACAUUUCAGUUGAAUGUUUAGGUUGUAUGUAUAUUAAAGGAUUCCUACACCAAGUAUUUUAUUUUUUUAUAUGAUUGAAAUCAACAGGAGAUACCGAUGAAUUACUGUCAGUAUUUGGGCCAAAAUGAUCAACGAAAUAUACUGUAAGUUGUGAACUUUCGCUUUUGAUGCUGUACAAAUGUCCAUGUAGUUUCUUUCUUUUUUUUUUUUUAACUACUUUGAAUUCAUUAUGCAGUGUUGUA